AUAUUAAUGUUUUGCCAACAUGCCGGACAAAAAGCUCUCAUACUUAGAAUCUAUGCAAAGGCAUUUUGAGAAUUAUUCGAAGACUAAAGAAUAUCCUGUUCAUUCCGCUAAGGUUCAUUCUGUUGACUGGAGCUGUACCGGGAAUCGUCUAGCUUCUGGAUCUUUUGAUAAAACAUGUUGUUUAUUUACAGUCGAUAAAGACAGACUGAUAAAAGACCAAAUACUUCGUGGUCACGAUGCAAGUGUCGAUCAAUUGUGUUGGCAUCCAUCAAAUCCAGAUAAUCUAGCUACUGCUUCAGGUGACAAAACAGUAAGAAUAUGGGAUGCGAGAAGCGGUCAAUGUGUUCAAGUUUUUAAAACUAAAGGCGAAAAUAUUAACAUAUGUUGGUCACCAAACGGUCAAUACAUAGCAGUUGGGAAUAAGGAAGAUUUAUUAACAUUUUGUGAUUUGAAAGCAAAAAAAAUUCGCAAAGAAGAACAGUUUAGAAGUGAAGUUAACGAAAUAAGUUGGUCUCCUAAUGGAGAUUUCUUUUAUGUUACAUCUGGUUCGGGUCAUUUAAACAUAUACAGCUAUCCAAAUCUUAAGCUAACUCAUUCUCAGCCUGCCCACUGUGGAAGUAGUAUCUGUAUAACAUUUGAUAAGUACAAUAAACAUAUGGCUCUUGGAGGUGCAGAUGCUUUAGUUUCGGUUUGGGAUGUUGCAGAACUGGCUUGCUUGAACACAAUAACACGGCUAAGCUGGCCAGUUCGAUCUCUAAGCUUUAGCCAUGAUGGUAAAUUGUUAGCUUCUGCUUCAGAAGAUCAUUUUAUUGAUAUUGCUGAAAUACCAAGCGGAGAAAAAGUGACUCAAAUCAAAUGUGAAAAUUCUACGUUUACUCUAAAAUGGCAUCCAAAAGAGUAUUUAUUAGCCUACGCAUGUGACGACAAAGAUAGAUACGAUAGGGAUGCUGGUUCUGUAAAAUUAUUCGGUCUCUUAAGAGAUUCCUCUGACAAAUCUUCCAGCUGA